AAAUUCAGUUGGAGUGGAAGCCUUCAACGGCAUCAAGUAAUCCACACAGGGGAGAAACUCUUUGAAUGUUCAGAGUGUGGAAAGAAAUUCAGUAGGCGUGACUGUCUUCAACAGCAUCAAAGAACCCACACAGGGGAGAAACCUUUUGAAUGCUCAGAGUGUGGAAAGAAAUUCAGUAGCCGUGAAUGUCUUCAACAGCAUCAAAGAACCCACACAGGGGAGAAACCUUUUGAAUGCUCAGAGUGUGGAAAGAAAUUCAGUAGUCGUGGCUAUGUUCGUAAGCAUCAAAGAACCCAUACAGGUGAGAAACCUUUUGAAUGCUCAGAGUGUGGAAAGAGAUUCAGUCUAAGUCGCCUUCUUCUAGAGCAUCAAAGAACCCACACUGGGGAGAAACCUUUUGAAUGCUUGCAGUGCGGAACAAAAUUCAGUCAUAGUGGCAGCCUUCAACGGCAUCAAGGAAUCCACACAGGGGAGAAACCCUUUGGAUGCUCAGAGUGUGGAAAGAAAUUCAGUAGCCGUGACUAUCUUCAGGACCAUCAAAGAACCCACACAGGGGAGAAACCUUUUGAAUGCUCAGAGUGUGGAAAGAGAUUCCGUUAUAGUAGCAAUCUUCGGAUGCACCAAAGAACCCACACAGGGGAGAGACCUUUUGAAUGCUCAGAGUGCGGAAAGAAAUUCAGUAGUCGUGGCUAUCUUCAUAAGCAUCAAAGAACCCACACAGGGGAGAAAGCUUUUGAAUGCUCAGAGUGUGGAUAG